GCUUUUUUUUUCAUUACGUGACAGUUGGGCUGAGCAGUAGCUAACAAUUACUGGGACCAGAGGACGCUGUAGUCGUGCAAAGUCCGGUCUCCUGUCCAAGUAAACACUUUCUGGGGAAAGAGCCAACCUGACCGAGGGUUAUCCUGUAGCAAAAUUUGCCCAGGGGCUAAGAAAAUAAAGACAGGCGACGGUGUGAGCGCUCCCACUAUGGCACUAAAAACUGAGGAAAGUCACGUUUAUUUCUCCAAAAACCCAACUGGAAGCGGUGCCGAGGGGCUGGCGGAUAAUGCGGUCAUUUACGGAUCCGGACGCGCUGAUCCGCAAACCUGUGACAUGGAGAAACAGCGCUGUCAGACAGCUGCUGCCCCUCAGGAGGAGUUGCUGAGCGCAGACUGCCGUGUGGGCGACAGUCGCUCCUAUUCUGCCUGCGCCACAAUCUCAGAGACAGCCAGGGAGCUUUGCAAAGCCGUGACCGUGUCGCUGGGUCUGGCCAUGGAGUCCGGUGACACCAGCGACGUGGAUCCCGCUCUCCAGCCGUGCGCCGCCGCUGACCAAAUGCGCGGGGAGUAUUUAUUCGGGGUGGAAGCGGCGCCACUGAGCUGCCCCAUAGUCCAGCCUGAGUUCACGUGUCCCGACCGAGACGAGCGACCCCUGCACGGCCAGAGGCAGCAGGUGAAAAUGUUCAAAAGUUCCGAGACCGUUGCGCCUUUCCACCACAUCACCUCCACUCGGACAUCUGCGCAAAACUUCCCACUGUGCGAGGCUGAUGACAUAACUUCAAAAGAGACGCAUCAUCUGGACACAACGCGCGCUGCUGUUGCUGCCUCUUGCCCUUAUGCCCCGAACGCGCCAGACAACUUGGCACACUUCGCCCAUGCGGCUGCGGAGAGGCCGUGCCAAGCCUACAACCCGCCCGACGAAGCGGCAGACUUCGGGGAUGCCGCGGAGAACAAGUGCGGCGGUUACCAGCUUGAACCCUACGGCGUCAAAGUCAAGUGCGAGGAAGGGGAAUCCGCAGGGCCGUUGUGGGGCAACAAUUACCCCGUCAACAACUCACAGUUCUGGGGUUCCAGGCAGUAUGUGAAUGCGCACGGCUCAGGUGCCAACACCACGUUCGUAUGUAAUCCAUAUGAACGCAGCGUCGUGCGUCCUGAGCAGUGGUACCCAGGCGGGAUGCUGAGGCCGCCCUAUCCCAACUCCAACUACAUGAAAAGUGCAGUGGGUGAGUGGCUGGAUGUCGCCUACAAAGAUACCAGGUUCGAAGCCGGCAGAGAGCAUGUGUUCCCCAUGGAGUUCUUCUUUCCUCCGCAGAGGACAUGCCUGAUCUGUUCAGACGAGGCAUCUGGCUGCCAUUACGGAGCGCUCACCUGUGGGAGCUGCAAGGUUUUCUUCAAAAGAGCUGCAGAAGGCAAACAGAAAUACCUGUGUGCAAGCAAAAAUGACUGCACUAUUGAUAAGUUAAGGAGGAAGAAUUGCCCCUCAUGCCGGCUGAAGAAGUGCUUCGAAGCUGGAAUGACUCUCGGAGCACGAAAGCUAAAGAAGAUUGGACAACACAAGAACCCAGAAGAGGAUCAGCCUGUGCAAGAGCAAGCAGACGUCAUCCCAAACAUCUCUCCAAAAUCGGGUCUGAGUUUCAACUCCCAGCUGGUCUUCCUCAACAUCCUGGAGUCCAUUGAGCCUGAGGUGGUGAAUGCAGGACACGACUGUGGACAACCAGACUCGGCCGCUACGCUGCUCACCAGCCUCAACGAGCUGGGAGAGAGACAACUGGUCAAAGUGGUCAAAUGGGCCAAAGGAUUGCCAGGUUUUAGAAAUCUCCAUGUGGACGACCAGAUGACCGUCAUCCAGCAGUCAUGGAUGGGGGUGAUGGUGUUCGCCUUGGGAUGGAGGUCCUACAAGAAUGUCAACGGCAGGAUGCUUUACUUCGCCCCAGACCUCGUCUUCAAUGAACAUCGGAUGCAUAUUUCCACCAUGUAUGAACACUGCAUACGGAUGAGACAUCUUUCACAGGAGUUAUUGCUGCUGCAGAUCACCCAGGAAGAGUUCCUCUGCAUGAAGGCCUUGCUCCUCUUCAGCAUCAUUCCAGUUGAGGGUCUGAAGAGUCAGAAGUACUUUGAUGAAUUGCGUCUCACCUACAUCAACGAACUUGAUCGCCUCAUUAACUGUCAGAUGACAACAAAUUGUUCUCAGAGGUUCUACCAGCUCACACGACUCCUGGACUCCCUCCAGAUGACGGUAAAGAAGCUCCAUCAGUUUACGUUUGACCUGUUUGUCCAGGCUCAGUCGCUCCACACAAAGGUCAGCUUUCCAGAGAUGAUCGGAGAAAUAAUCUCUGUACAUGUACCAAAGAUCCUGGCAGGUUUGGCUAAACCAAUCUUGUUUCACAAGUAGAAGGAUUUUUUUUCAACUCAAAAAUGACUCAUCUUUGCUGCCUCCAUAAACUUUAACAAAGGCUUUGAACUGUUUCCCCACAUCUUCAAUCUGAUUGCUUUUAGCCCUGUCCUGUAAUAAUUAUUUUAUUGCUCAAGUUCCCCCCCCCUUUUUUUUAGCCAUAAUUGAGAUUGUGUGUUCAGGACUGUUAAAGCUUUUAUCUGGAGAGAUGCAAGGCAUCACCUGUUGACAGCUCUGCAGUUUCUGAAUGGAGGUUUUUUGUUUUAACAUGGAGCAAAGAUGCUACUUUACAUACACAGAAAGCCUGUAAAUUGUGAUAACAGCAAUUAAAAGUAGCAGGGUUAAAAACAUGACGUUUUGCAUAUGACCUUCAUUAUACAUAUACUUGACAUGAUAAUCAGAAAUCCAAGAGCUAACCUUAACCCUAACCAUACCAGUAGAUGAAAAUUGGAUCGCAGAAAUAAACAAAUACUUGUUUUUCAUAAACUUACCAAAAACUGUUUUGUGGAAGUCUGCGUAAUGCUUUGCAGUGCUUGUAAUUAAAUACUAGGCAUGAAGCUUACAUUAUACAUGUAUUUUUGAUUAUUCAACAAAUGCCUAAUGGUGUCUCAGUUAAAUUUUUCAUUGUUCACAUUUGGGUUGUCGCUGCAGAAUUAUGUUAUAUUUCUAUAUUUAACAAUGAAAAAAAUGGCACAAUGCUUUAAUACUCCAAUUCUGUGUCUGUUGCUUAUGGUUGGGCUGUACCAUUAUUGUUUGGGAGAGUCUACAGCCGCAUUGUGUAUUGCACAGCACGUCUGACCAUGCAAUAAUUGCUUGGCAUCAAUAUCAUGCUAGCCUAAAGACAAUGUGUUGUCUGUGACAUUAUUAUAAUUAUGUUGUCUUGAGGCUACUUUCAUUUUAUGAUUAAAUCAGUCUAGCCAUUUAUUAAUUCAAUUUAUUAAUUAAUAUAUUUAUUCAUUCAUUCAUUGAUUUAUGAGCCUUAAAGCUAUAUUUGAGGAUUUGUAUCAUUACAUACAUGCAUGGGCAGACACACACUUGCAUACAUACACAUCUGCCUUACGAAGAGUGGAAUAUUGAGGUACACUGCUAACAGUGGACCAGUGUUUCUGGUCAUUUGAAGAAACAAAAAUGAAAUAGAACAUUUUUUUAGAAGGUUUUUUGCCAUAAUGAAACUCCAAAUACACAUUUUAUUUGGAAAUUAUGUGUUGAUUUAAUAUAACUAGCUAUUUAGCCAUUUAGCCAUUAAUUUAAUCAUCUAUUAGCCUAUGCGGUUUUUUUGAGGAUUUGUAUCCUUACAUACAAGCACACUCAGAUUCAUGCACCUUUUCAAAAUAAGAUAGCCAAUAAAUUGCGCAUGAUCAGAUGUGCUAAAUAAUACAGCUGCACUACUGGAUCUGUGGCAGGAGCAAAACACAAAAUGGGAUAUCCUAAUACUGAGACAUUUUUGACUUCUGUUCAAAUACCAGAUUCUGAAGCAACAAUCCACACAAGAACAAUCAAAAACCAAACUGAGAGGCAAUUACCCAUUUGUGAAGUAAUUAGAAAAAAUACUGAUAAUUUCAAAAACAUUUUCAUCAUCAUUUUGAUGGUGCAAAUUGAGCAAAGAACAGCAAAGCGUUACACCAGCUGUUUGUGGAAUUGAGAGUGUUAAAAACAACUUGGGAGAUAUAUUUUCAUUUUACUUUACAUUAGUGCCAAAUCUGAGGUAUUACUAUGACAAUCAGUGUAGAUUAGAUAGUCGGGUAUUAUGCUGACUUAAUAUGGUACAUUACAUUUGCUGUAAACUAAACCAAGAAUAUUAGUGAAGUGAAUAGAGUACAUUGUGCAGUAGUUGCAGUGCUGCACAGGACUCAUCAAAUAUAAACUCUGCAAUGAUUAAGUUUGGUUUUUCCAUUAGAAUCAAAAACAAAACAGGGAAACUACAAAUCCAUACCGACAGGCCCACACCUGCUGUCACACACACACAAAAAAAUCUCUCCCACUUCCUACUUUGGAUUGUUGCUACAAUGAUUCUGCAAGCAGUUAAAAGCAGUCAUACAACAAAAACCUCACAUUGUGCAUCUCAAGCAUAAAUAAUAUUUCACCAGAUCAUUACUAUUUACUCUUGUCUUCUUCUAAAAUCAAAUAUCACACAUGAUGAACAGUUCAUUUUUUGUUGUAAAGUAUAUCUUAGCAUAAAUUUUCAGCUAACAGUCAUUUAAUUUUUUUAUUUUUUUUAAAACACUGUCUAUCCGCUGUAAAGUGCUUUUACACAUGUUGCCUUAAACAGUACAAUUAAUCAUGCACAUAGAACCCACCAAUGCUUCUUGGCACUCUUUAUUUAAAACCUUUUCUCAUCAUAUGAACAGCAAAUGUGUAGAACUUAUGUUAUCAUUUUCUAAGCAUUAACUUAUAGAUAUGUCGUGGGUCAAGAUGGUAAAACAAAAGAAAAAAUAUCCACGACACGGCUUUAAAAUCAGUUUUGCUUUUUUUUAGGAAUUAAAAUAAAGUGUUAGAAUGAUUUUACAGUUCAGUCUUAAUGUACCACAAAUUCCUUGUGAAUGCUUCAUGAAAAUUCAAAAUCACAAUGCAGCUGUUAUAUUGUGCCGACUUUUGCAUGCCAAACUAUCUGUGUAAAUAUAGUGCCUUUGAUUUUUGAAUUUACCGUGUGACAGCCUGAAUUUGGCAAAAAGUGUCCUGACAUAAAGUAUUCUGAGGUAAAUCAAAGGAACAAGAAGAAUUACAAGCUUGACGUACGAGACUCAUUGAUAAACUAACAUCAAAUCAUCAGCUGCAAUGCACUGCGUGAAGAGUUUCUUCAAUCGCAGUGUUGACAGCAUCAAGCCGUGAGCAGCGGCUUGCAGCAGCAGGGACUUGGAGACUUGUAGGGAUACGAGAAAGAGAGUAUGGCACCAAAUACAGGAAAAUACUAAAGGAGAACUUGAUUCCAAGUGCCAGAGAUAUUAGAUUAAGGCAGUAAUGUUCCAAAGGGGCAACAUAUACGGAAUUAAAGCCAACUCAAAACUGGAAGACCCUCAGAUGUAGAAUGUGAAAGUCCUUGACUGGCCCUGCCAACCGUCAGAGAUGAAAACCAAGAAAAAUCUGUGGAAUGCCUUGAAGAUAACUGAUCCCAGACACUCAAGCUAGAAAGUAUUAAUGCAUGAAGUUGAAUACAAUUGUCACUGGAAAUUUUAUUUUAAAACCAUGAACCAAAUGGUGAAACACAAGGCAUUUUGUACAACUUGGUCUACAUGACUCAGAAUGUAAUUUUAACUGAAACAGCAUCUUUCAGUAAAUGAACAUAAACUGUAGCAGAUCAUGACUUCUAACAAUCCAGCUGCUCUGUGUUUAUCAGAGACUCGACUCCUGUGGCUUAUUCUGCAAUGUUCAAUCAUUUUCAACAAUGUUUUAUAAGUCUGUAAAUUCAACACUUUUUAAUGAUUCCAUGUUAUUUUUCAAGCUUGUAGAUGCAUGCAUCAUGUGUUUAACUGUUUGUGUAACUUUUAGCUUUAUAAAAAGCAACAUGUGGACAUUAAUAUAUCCCUCCAAUUACUUGUUUAUUGUAUACUGACUCGUAGUGGCAUUAUUGUUAAAUGUACAGGACUUUUAUCAUAAGGUGCCAGAGCAUUUUGUUGUACAGUACAGUGAUGAGUUGACUAUGACGGUCAAUUUCACGUUUUUUUUUUCUAACUGAUUAUUUCAUAAGCUUUAGUGAAAUGUGUAGAGUACCUUGCUUCAUCUGCGCAAAUGAAUUUGUCAUGUCUUCUACUUGUCUUUUAAUAUGUUCCUUACACAAACAAAAGCGGGGACAAAGGAAAUCAAGCCGCUGUGUAAAGUACAUGUGACUUGUGAGACUUGUCAUUUUACCCUGACAUUGAACAAAGAAUAGAAACACUACACAGAAAUCAAAGAAAACUGAUGGCAAAACACAGGUAUAUAUUUUUCAUCUGCAAAAAUAGUAAACUAAUUUUAAGUAUUAGAAUUUUCAGAGCUUUUGAUCAAAUGUGAAAAUUCAGAAAUACAUAUUUAUCACCCCAUUUACAUUUCCAGACUGCACUAUAUUGUUGCAGCAAUUCAAUUUUUUAAAUUAACUCUGGUUUUCAAUAAUGUAGUUAUUAUGUUGUUUUAGUUUAAUUAUGCAUUACACAGGGGGAAUAUGAGAGCAUUACAUGUGAGAGUGCAACCUGCACAUCAAUGGGCCACAUAGAAGCUCCUGUAAAUUUUUAAUACUUAUCUGAUUGAGUCAUCUAAAGUGUUUGUAUUUUGUCAAUGGAUAAUAGCUGGUAUGUGCCCAAUGUACUGCAUAUUAGCACAGUUCUUUGUACAUGCUACAGUAACUGUAUAUAUAGAUUAGUUUAAUGUCUGUUUGGGUGUCUAAACACAACUCUUGUAUGAUUUAUAUCUUUUGUGACCUGUGUUUUUCCAAUAUGUGUGUUUUUCAAAGAUGUAAAGUUGCAUCAACUUUUAAAGGUAAUUAAAAUAAUUCUGACUCUAUAAA